GAGAUGGAGGAACAACUGAGGGCCCACCCACCAGUUUGAGCUGCUGCUGCUGAGGCUGGUCUGCCUGAAGUCUCCCUGGAGAGAGGAAGCCAGCCCACAGAGUCUGGACUCAAAGAGAAUCAUGGGGUCCAAGGCUGAGCUGUGCACACUCUUUGGUGGACUUUCAUUCCUCCUGCUAUUGAUAUCAGGCGAGGGAGCCAAGGGUGUAUCCCUCAAAGAGAGUCAGGGGGUCUGCUCCCAGCAGACGCUGGUGGUCCCACUACGCUACAAUGAGUCCUACAGUCAACCGGUAUACAUGCCCUACUUGACCCUGUGCGCUGGAAGGCGCAUCUGCAGCACUUACAGGACCACGUACCGCGUGGCGUGGCGGGAGGUGAGACGGGAAGUGCAGCAGACCCAUGCCAUCUGCUGCCAGGGCUGGAAGAAGAGACACCCAGGAGCGCUCACCUGUGAAGCCAUUUGCGCCAAGCCUUGCUUGAACGGAGGCGUCUGUGUUGGGCCGGACAAGUGCGAGUGCGCCCCCGGCUGGGGAGGGAAGCACUGUCACGUGGACGUGGAUGAGUGUAGGACCAGUGUCACUCUCUGUUCGCACCGUUGUUUCAAUACCGCCGGCAGCUUCACUUGCGGUUGCCCGCAGGGCCUGGUGCUGGGCCCCGAUGGGCGUGCCUGCGCAGAGGGGUCCCCAGAGCCCCCAACCAGUGCCAGCAUUCUGAGCGUGGCGGUUCGGGAAGCGGAACAGGACGAGCGCGCCCUAAGGCGGGAGAUUCGUGAACUGCGAGGGCGCCUGGAGGGGUUGGAGCAGUGGGCCGCGCAGGCUGGAGCUUGGGUACGGGCAGUGCUGCCCAUGCCACCCGAAGAGCUACAGCCAGAACAAGUGGCUGAGCUAUGGGGCCGGGGUGACAGGAUCGAAUCUCUCAGCGACCAAGUGCUGCUGCUGGAGGAGAGGCUGGGCACCUGCUCCUGUGAGGACAACAGCCUGGGCCCAGGACUGAAUCGAUAAGGAACUUCUAGAGCACCCAAUCCCCUAAUUUAUAGAAACUGGACCCCACUAAUCCUCUGGGAUUGGCCAACUGGGAGCUGCAAAUAAGACUGCCACAGAGGAGCUAUGAGCCUGGAAACUUUGAAGAACUGAAGAAUGGGCAAAGGCAGGCUGUGUUAGCCUGCCCAUUCCUUCUGGCUGGGGGCAGGUUGUCUGGACAAAUCCUUAACAAACAUGGCAAGAAAGCA